AUGUCAACGACAAACGGGACAUCUACUGCAUCUGACAGGACAGAUGCGGAAACUGAAGACGCAGGUGAGCAGAUAAACACAGAGGAUAACCAGAUAGAGAAAGAAGUACACGAUGAAGACGAAGAAGGAAGAAGUGAACUAUGCAGUCUGCAAGAGGAUAUUGCAGAUUCACAAGUUUACACAGCCACAUCACUGUCUGUCAUUUCCAAGGAGACCAGAACCAAAACUCACCCACUGGUCCUUGAUUGGGCUUAUGGGAUGAACCAAACUCUACCUGUUCUCAGUCUGCAGGAUGAAGACAGACUUGUCAUCUUGUACAUUUGUGCCCAUGUUGCUGUCAUGUAUGAUCACACAUCCAAUGCUCAGCAUCUUUUACAAGGCCACUGCAGUCCAAUCACAUGUUUGUGUGCAAGUGAAGACAGACGCUGGCUUGUGACAGCUGACAUGGGCCAGGAGAGUCUAGUUAUCAUAUGGGAUGCUUAUACAGGGAUUCCUGUGCGGACAUUGUUUGACUGUCAUCCAGAGGGUGGAGUUUCUGCCAUGGCCCUAUCAAAGGAUUCAAAAUACCUGGUGACUGUUGGAGCUGCAGCAGUACAGCGCGUGUGUAUUUGGAACUGGACAGAUGAAAGUGAAAGCCCAGAAUGUCAAGUUGACCUCAGCCCAAAAUAUGGUUGCCAGAGUCAACUACUUUUCAAUCCCUUUGACAACACACAGUUGGUCAGCAACAGCAGCACUCAGGUUCUCUUCUAUAACUGGGAAAGGGGACAUCUGGAAUACUCAGCUCCUGAAAUUACUGACAAGACCUUCAAUAUGGUGCUAGGUUCCCUGAGCCAGUCCAUCUUCCACUAUGAUGGUGUGCUGGCUUUUACAGCCACCUCAGCUGGGAAUAUAGUUCUCUGGGACAAGCAGACUCAAUCUGUCUCUCGUCACCCAGUAGUGAGGAAAGCCGUAAAGCUUGUGCCUCUCCAGAAGGAAGCAAUCACUGUACUGACUUUGAUUGACAGUUUUAUAGUAACAGGCGAUGUGAAUGGCCACAUCAAAUUCUAUGAUGGAAAUCUCAAGCUCAUCAACGUGUACAAUGAGUUUAGCUUGGAUCCUAUCAGAUCCAUCUCCUUUUCCAAAGAAAAGCCCUCCAUUAGCGACCUGGGAUAUCCAAAAGACUGCACACUGAAUGCCAAGCCAUUUGUCAUAAGAAAUUUUGUUCUCUCCACAACUCAUGCAACUGCAGUACAUGUAAACGCACAGAGAAAUGUUCCACAGACCCUUCUAAAGGAACAUGUAGAACCUCUAGAAGCAGUUGCCUGCCAUCCUAAACAGCCACUAGUAGCUAUGGGCAGCCACAGUGGCACCAUUAAGGUUUGGGAUUAUGAGCAUAAAAAAGCAGCCUGCAGCAGGGUCUUCCAGCCCCACAAACAGAUCCAGUGUAUUACCUACGAUCCACAAGGUUUUUACCUGGCAGUGGGCUUUGCCAGUGGGGCUUUGCAGAUUGUUGACGCCUGUACACUUCAGAGUGAUGGUAAAGAGGGUUUGCACUACAGUCAGGACAGCAUUACCCAUCUAACUUUUUCCCAGGACUCACGCUACCUGGCUGCCGCAGACACUGGAAAAGCUGUGACGUUGCUCCGUCGAUGUAAAGAGGGGACCCAGGAGGUUUGGAAAUACCAGGGCAGGCACCACUCGCAUUAUAAACCCAUUCAGGACCUGCUGUUUGGGGUGGAUUUAGACAGCAGUCAGCCUCGCCUCCUCUCUCUUGGCAUGGAUCGCUGGCUGGUGGAGUAUGAUCUGCAGAAUAGUGGUGAAGAUGGGUUGUUGAUUUUGAGUUCUGAACGUAUCGAGCAGAGUGCUGUGCCCACCUGCAUGAUGUGGUAUCCUCCUCUGACACCUGAACACUUCCUCCUUACAGCUUCCAACCUGUAUAAGAUGAAGCUCUUCAAUGCUACCUCCAAAAUGUGCAGGUUUGCUGAUUGUAACUGUAUUUGCCACCUCACAAUUCUGUUGUUACAUUUGCAUAUAUGCAGAUCAUUGGAGGCAUCAGCUGCUCUUGGAGGGAAAGACAUGCUGCCCUUCUACAAUCUUCUGGAGGGAGGGAGAGAUGGACAGCUCUUCAGGGAAAUGGAGGAAUAUUUUUACUACUGUCAACUACAAAAUCAGGACCUUGACACCAUGGAUACACGGCUUGUGUCCACAUGCAUACCUCUAGCUGAUGUGCCCUUCUUAAUGAGAGCGCUUGGCUUCUAUCCAACAGAGCAAGAGCUGGAAGACAUGCAAAAUGAGGUGAAGUUCAGCCGCUAUGCUGAGACCAGAAAUUACGUGACAGACAUCGAUUUGGAGGAGUUCAUUAAGCUGUAUGUCAACCACAGACCUGCCUCUGGCAUUGCCAGACAGGAGCUGUGCAAUGCCUUCCAGGUGCUUGGAAAGCCAGACGAAAGGGGCAGAUAUACAAUUGACAGAGACGAACUGCUGGAGUUACUGCAGGCUAGAGGUGAACAUAUGACCGAUGAUGACUUGGCUGAAUGCUUUACAACUCUUGUAGGUAUUAGUGGAGAGGGAGCCAGUUGCACAGAAUCUCUAUUUGAGAGCGUGCUGCCUCCUGAAAUCAGCAUGGAGACAUUUGCCACAGAUAUCUUGGGGUUUUCUGCAGCAACCCAGGAACUUCCUCAAGAACAUGGGCACGAUCUGUAACAUCUG